UCGAACCGUGCGUGUGUGCGUGGUGGUGGAAUACAUUAUUUACCUUUCCACUUUGUGGUCAAAGAUCGCACAGUUUCAGUUUGCACUUUUUGUCGAUCAGCUUGAGGAAUAGGAGUUUUUAGCAUAUUCUACACGUAGCUACGUUACGUAAGCACCACACGGAACCAUGGCCGCUAAAGAACCGUCUCCGAUCGUCAAAUCGUAUCUAAUUCUUUACAACGCCGCCCAAGUGCUCGGCUGGUGUUACAUGCUAUACCAACUGAUAGCUUACUACAUCGUCGACAAAGGCACGGAACAAACACUCUGGGAGUAUCUCGGAUUCACCGUCAUACUGUUCCAAAAUGCAGCACUGCUUGAAAUUGUCCACGCAUUUACACGUAUCGUGCCUAGCAACCCCAUCCUCACCACGUUCCAGGUGUUGUCCCGCGUGAUGGUUGUAUGCGGUGUUGUGAUGGCAACACCCACCGGCAAAGUUUCGCCCGGACUUCCGCUAGCCAUCUUAGCUUGGUCGGUGACGGAGAUCAUCCGAUACGCGUACUAUGCCCUUAAUCUAAUCGACGCCGUACCGCAGUUGCUUAUCUUUCUGCGCUACACCACCUUCAUCGUGCUCUACCCGACCGGAGUGACCGGUGAGCUGCUGUGCUUUUACUGGGCCCAAUCACACGUCGCCCAAACGAAACAAUGGAGCAUCGAAAUGCCCAACACGUACAACUUCACCUUCUCGUACCUUUACUUCCUGUGGGCGGUGAUGCUGCUCUACAUCCCAUUAUUCCCCCAGCUGUACAUGCACAUGUUUGCCCAGCGCCGAAAGAUUCUUGGAUCAAGCUCGUCUAGCGCAGGCAAGCAGAAAAGCAAUUGACUGGCGGCAUUCGGCUUUCCGGCUUGAACACCACUUCGAGCCAAAACAGACAAAGCCAGCUUGAGCGCGCGUGAAUCCUAUUAAAUUAUUUCAUCAUUCCCACAACUCUACCAAGUCUUUGCGAAUGUUUAGGUUGGGUUUUUGGUUUCUUUAUUUCGCGUCGGCAGGGAAU